AUGCCGAUCGAUGUACUCCAAGGCUCCAAGCAUGGAGCAAAACAGAGGAAUGUAGAUAUCUCAGAGACGGCCGAGCAGGUGAACACAUCCAAGAUCGCUCGAGACAAGGCAGAUGGAUCCUUGUCCGACCACCGCAUCCAGAGCCGUCAACCACAGCAGAUCGGUGGGGAGCUGAAUGGCCCCAGGCGCCUUCAGAAUCGCCUCGAAAUAUAUCCCUUGGACACCGUGAAUAUUCAAUUUAACGGUUGUGUUCACUAUCACCGUCGUCAUCGUCAUCACCAUCAUCCCCUCAUCGCGCUGGCCAAGGUAAAACUGUCUGUUUACGCCUACGAAGACGCUAUCGCCAGCCAACAUGAAGCCCCUCGCCAAACAUUAAACCGCUAUCUACGGAGCCCUGGUCUCCGGGCUGGGCUGGCUGCACUCGCCGACGUGCGCACACUCCGCCCCACAUAUCUUAUCGUCCAUACCUUCAAGUUUGCCCAUGCCCUGAUGUAG